CUCUGACAACAUCGGGCUGGAUAGGUCCCAGUCUUGAUUUUUAUAAAGGCGCUCAUUUCUUCACAUUGCUAAAUGUCACAGAGUUGGCGGGACUCUAGCGACCAGGGACUUGUGCUUAAUGGUACCAUUUCUUCCACAGAUAAGAAGCUGGCUGUUGCUAUAGAAGGAAAUGUGGAGGAAGCCAAAGCUCUCUGCAAACCCCCAGAGGACUCCCAAGAUGAUGAGAGUGAUUCAGAUGCUGAGGAGGAGCAGAAUACGAAACGUCGUCGCCCAACGCUAGGGGUGCAGCUGGACGACAAGCGCAAGGAGAUGCUCAAGAGGCACCCUCUGUCAGUCACCAUUGACCUGAAAUGCAAAGAUGGCAGUGUGCUCCUCUUGACCUUCUACUAUUUGAUGAACCUCAACGUCAUGACGGUUAAGGCAAAGGUGACUGCAGCUACCGAGAUGACCAUGCCAAUCAGUGCCGGAGACCUGCUGUCCCCUGAUUCCCUUUUGAGCUGCUUGUAUCCCGGAGAUCAUGGGAAGCGAACUCCCAAUCCUGCCAACCAGUUCCAGUUUGAUAAAGUUGGUAUCCUGACCCUCAGCGACUAUGUCACGGAGCUGGGCCACCCUUACGUGUGGGUGCAGAAGCUGGGGGGGCUGCACUUCCCCAAGGAUCAGCCCCAGCCCGUGGUAGCAGACAGCUCUCUGAGCGCCAGCCACAUGGAGAGGACCAUGAAGUUGCUCAAGAUGAGGCUGGAGUCCCGCCUGGCUCUGCACAAGCAAUUUGCUUCCCUUGAGCACGGAAUCCUGCCAGUCUCCAGUGAAUGCCAACACCUCUUUCCUGCAAAGAUCGUGUCACGUUUGGUGAAGUGGACUGCGCUCACAUAUGAGGAUUACCUGGAGCUGCCCUACACCAAAGAUGUUGUGGAGGCUGGUUUGGCUGAGGAUACUCACCUGUAUUACAUGGCACUGAUCGAAAGAGGAACAGCCAAACUCCAAGCUGCUGUGGUGCUGAACCCGGGGUACUCUUCCGUGCCACCUGUCUUCAGCCUGUGCCUGAACUGGAAGGGAGAAAAGACCAGCAGCAAUGAUGACAACAUCCGGUCCAUGGAGAGUGAGGUCAGUGUCUAUUACAAAGAGCUGUGCGGCCCCAAGCCAGGCUACCAGCUGUUGACCAACCAGCUGCAGCGCUUGUGCGUCGUCUUGGAUGUUUACCUAGAGACGGAGACCCAUGACAACAGCGUGGAGGGGCCCAAGGAGUUUCCACAGGAGAAGAUGUGUCUGCGUCUAGUCAGGGGACCCAGCCGGAUGAAGCCUUUCAGGUUCAACUAUCCUCAGGGGUUCUUCAGCCAUCGUUGACCCUUGGCGCUGGGAUCCUCCUCCUCUGGACAGCUGCCUCCCAGGAGAGUGUCUCUUGGCUGGAAUUUUUCACUGAUGGAGGUCCAGCUUCCUCUUUCCCAGGCCACACCAGAGAUUCCUGCUCACCUGCCGCUCUGGCUCAACCAUUCCACUUUUGGUUCUCUGUAGUGUGUGUAUGCGUGUGGGUAUCUUUUAAGUAUUAAAGAUGACAGUUAGA